AAAUAUGAGUCGGCAGUCAACCGUUCAACUAAGAAGACUUGGGCAGAGAUUCGUCAGCAGCGAUGGUCUUGGGCAGGAGCGCUUAAUCAGAACACUCCUAAAGGAGACAGGAACUUGCAGCUCAGUCCUUGGGAAAGCAGUAUUGUAGAUCGGUUGAUGACACCCACCCUGUCCUUUCUGGCAAGAAGCCGGAGUGCAGCAAACCUCCCAGGAAACAGCAGAGAUCUGAGUUCGUUAGUAUGUCCUCGUUCUGCCUCUGCAAGUCCACUAACUUCUUGUAAUGGUCACAAGCAUCGUUGUUCAGAACGUCGGAGGACCACAGCCGGCAGCCCUGAUGUAACACCCAGGAAGCGCAGUGACACAUCUCCG